AUGAUUAAAAUAAUCUUAAUUUAUUUUUUAAUAAUUCCAAUUGAAAUAAAUGGAAUACGUCGUUGUAUGAAUACAGGUGUUCUAUUUUUGGAUACGAUUGUACGUUCACCAAUUGUAGUUUAUGGUAAAUCAUUAGGAAAACAAAUUGAUAUUGAAACAGAUACGGAAAUAUUAUUUAAUAUAACAUUUCGUGUUGAUUGUAUAUUUAAAGGAGAAAAUAUUGAAAAUCGAAUUGAAAUAAUUCAAACAGGAAUUAAACAAGAUCGUAUUGCUUGUCAACGACUUGAUCCUGGAAAAUUUUAUAUUGUUUUUCUUGAAAAAUGUCAAUUAAAUAAAAAUAUUUAUUGUCCAGUUGAUUUUCAAGAACGUUUAGUUGAUGAUUUAACACUUGAAUUAUUAGAACGAACAUGUUAUUUAAAACGUAUUUCACCAUUAAAUUCAAAUUUAAAUAAAUGUCCAAAUGUAUCAAUAUCAAAAUAUUGUCCAUAUGAUGAUACAAUAAUAAAAAUAAAACCAAAAGAAAAAUUUUCAGAUUAUAUUGAUACAAAUAUUAAAUCAAUUCUUCAUAGUACUAAUCAAUUUUUUCAAGAAUCAAAUAUUACAAUAGUUAAGAAAGAAAUAUUAAUUGAACAAAUCGCAGAUCAUCCACAUAAUUAUGCUCGAUUGACAGUAUUAAAUUCUGUAUGGAUGAUUAGUCUUGUUCUUAAUACAUUAAUGUUUAUGUAA